GUAUGAUAUCAGAUCUCGAACAUGGACAUGUUGUUUGUGUAAUACACGAAAUAAUUUUCCAGUUCAAUAUGCCGGAAUGACUGAACAAAAAUUACCAGCAGAAUUAAUGCCUCAAUUUACUACACUUGAAUAUACUAUUCCAAAAGUACAACUUAUUCCUCCAAUUUUCAUGUUCGUUAUUGAUACAUGUAUUGAAGAGCCAGAAUUCACUCAGCUUAAACAAUCUAUUCAAUUGUCGUUGAGUUUCUUGCCACCGCAUGCUUUUGUUGGUUUGAUUACUUUCGGGAAAAUGGUACAUGUUCAUGAAUUGGAAGCUGGACCAAUCUCGAAAUCAUGGGUAUUCAAAGGAACAAAAGAUUAUACAGGCAAUCAAAUUCAGGUUAUGUUAAGUGUUGGUCGUAGUUCAAUGACAUCCGUUGGUCAACCUGCUGUAUUCAAUGCCAAUUCUCCUCCUAUGGCUCCUAAAGGAGGUGUUUACGGUACUGAACAACAUCAGCAACCACAGCAGCCACACCACCAACAACAACAACCUCCACAACCACAAAUGACUCAAUUACCAUACAACAGAUUUAUUCAACCAAUGGAACGGUGUGAUGCUUUAAUUACUGAUCUCCUAACUGAUUUACAACCAGAUCCAUGGCCUGUACCACAAGGUAAACGUCCAUUACGUUCAGUUGGUACAGCGUUAAGUAUUGCGAUUGGUCUGUUGGAAGCUGCUUAUCCUAAUACUGGUGCACGUGUUAUGCUAUUUCUUGGUGGUCCAUGUACACAAGGUCCUGGUAUGGUUGUGGAUGAUGAUUUAAAAAAUAUUAUACGUUCACAUCAUGAUAUGGAAAAAGAUAAUUGUAAAUAUAUGCGAAGAGCAAUGAAAGUAUGUUGUUGUUGUGGUUAUUUCUCUUCAUAA